AUGAGAGGUCAAGACCGAUACUCUCUACCCUCAUUGACGGGUGUCUUGGGAAUUCUGUUCCCAUGUGUUGUUGCCACAUUGUCAUUGAGUGAUCGGUGCUCAGAAAACUGCCUGGUAUCUGGCCCUAACCCAAGCAACUGGACUGUCGAUGUUGAGGUCGGCCAGCUUCUUGAACAGAGUACCACUUGCAACAAGACGAGAAGAACCGGCAACUGGGUUAAGAAAGAGUGCACCUCUCACGAGGUCGCUGGUACUCUUGACUUUGAGCCGCAGAAAAGAUGGGAAGCGCUUGAAUGCCAGGCAGCAUGGGAUGAUGCGAUCCAAGUGUGGAUUGGAUGCUAUAGGGAUAAUUUGGAGAGCAGUUUCAAAUUCAUGCAAUUCAUGGCUGAUUUUCUUCAUCAAAACGACGAUCAGAUGAUAUCGAACUACUACCACUCUCUGAGAUAUCUGGCAGACCAUUUAGCAUACAGGAAGGAUAUAGUCGUUGGCACAUUUGCCCCGAAGCUGAAGGAUGGAACUGAUCUCUUCGGCCUUUUCCUAACCUUGAUCCAAUUUCCUUUCGGCUUAUCCGGCGCCCGAUUCUUCGGAAACAGUUUUCUUGGUCGAGACUUUUUCGCUGGAAACGUUACCGGCCACAAGAAAGCGGCGUGGGAAACCGCAACCAUGAGCCUUGUUAAUACAAGCUUUGAAGUUGCCCAGGAGAUAUUAGAAAGAACUGAGGAAACUCGUUCGGAAAUCUCUUUUGACGCCCUUUCAAACGGAUUGAGUAAAAGUUGGAUGAAACAAUCUGACCGGCUGAUUCAAAAACUGUUUGACGGAUCCGAAAAGAGUAUCGAACUUCUGAGUAAUCUCUUCAAAGACGGAAAGAUGAUGGCGGGGAUGCCAGAUGGCCCUGGGCUACCCCAAAAUGGUAACUCUGAUGGUUUUAACAGAGAAAGCGCUACCAAACGAGCCCUUUAUGCAGUCGCCAUCCCGGCAAUAUGGGCUGCAAACGGGCCAACUCCAGUUGUCGUCGACUUUGGGCCGAGCUGUGAAAUCGAUGCAAGGAAAUAUUUCACGGAGAAUGCUAGCAAGUAUAAUCUCGGCUGGAGAUGCGUCAAUGGGCAUUCCUAUAUUCUUGCUGGCGUUGCCGAUAAACCCCCUCGACCAUGCGGGACCUCCGUCCCCGACAACGAAUGCACCGUUCAAUCUCAAUGGACUCUGAAAAUCCUGGAUGGCAUUAAAUACAUUCAAAAACCUUCGCUGAGCUGGGGCGGAAUUACAGUGGAUGAUCUAAUCAUAGGAGCUGUCAGCACAUAUGAAAGAAACGGCAGAAAAAAUCGUCUGAACAUAAAGGAUAACUUACCGAGCCCUUCAGAUAAGGCUGUUUUCGAAAGUUAUAAAGAGAUCGAGUUGGACGUCCGCACGCCAGGUUACGUUCUCAUCCCCGUCUGCGGCCCGGAAGAGGCUAGGGCGAACCUCGCCAAAGGGCGGCAGAGAUAUGGAAACUCGAACAACUACCCUUGCAAUCCAUAA